GCUAUAGUGUCUGUCAUAUGAUGACGUUCAGCAGCUAAUGCGAUGUCAGUGUGGGAGAUGUGCGUGCAAAUAUUUAUUUGCUCAUGAAAAGAAAAAGUGAUAUGUGUCUCUUUUCUCGUGUUUAUCACUUGAUUUAUUUACGCGAGAGUCGCGGUCGAGUUCAGAUACUCUUCCACAUCAGGUGAGCCUGGAAACAUCAACAGGUUGUGUGGUUGCUUCAUUUUACCGGAGGAGUGUCUCAUGUGAAGACUUUAUCAGUGCCCCAAGGCAGACCCAUCUAAAUUGUUUGACUGUGGGGUAAAGUGCGGAGAGAGACACUCAAAAGAUGGAUUUUGAUCGCGUUUUGGAUGAAAUUGGGGAAUUUGGAAAAUUUCAAUUGACAAAUUACUUGCUAAUUUGUCUUCCGGUAUUUUUUGGAGCUGCCAACAGUUUGUCGUACGUUUUCACAGCCGGUGUUCCAAAUUACAGGUGUUUCGUACCCAAUUGUGACGAUCCAAUCAAUCCGAAUUAUGAUGAAUCUUGGAUACAUUAUGCUGUACCCGGAGAGACAGAUUCACGGGGAAUUUUUACACCAGAACAGUGUAAAUUAUUUGUUCAGGAUAACGCAACAAUCAGCCGGAGUCAUAGCCUAACAUCCUUCAAUGAGUGCCCACCAAAUAUGUUCUCGAGCAAUGUUGAGGAGUGCAAUCGAUGGGUGUACGAUCCAUCCGAAAAGACGAUUGUUGAAGAAUGGUCUAUCACAUGCAUGGCCAAUCAUUGGAAAUUGAGUCUGGUCGGUACAAUGCACUUCCUCGGAAUCGUAUCAGGAUCAUUCAUUUUUGGCGUUCUAGCCGAUAGAUACGGCCGGAAAAUUGUAUUCAUUCUCAGUAUUCUAUUCAUGUCUAUCACGGGAAUUGGUCAAGCGUUGGCAGGCAAUUACAUCAUGUUCAUCGUAUUUGCCUACCUCAAUGCUAUUGGAACAUCGGGGGUCUAUCCACUUGCAUUCAUUCUUGGUGUGGAAAUGGUUGGACGGAGUAAACGUGAGAUGUCAGGGAAUGUACUAAACUACUUCUAUGCACUGGGAGAGGCGGCUGUUGGACUUGUUGCAUGGCUAAGUGGGAAUUGGGUGACUGUUCAAUUGGCAGUCUCAGCACCGCCACUUCUCUUUGCUCUCUACUACUGGAUUGUUCCGGAGUCAGUGAGAUGGCUCCUGGCUAAGAAGCACACGCACAAGGCGGGACGAAUAAUCAAGCGAGCAGCCAAGAUAAAUGGUGUUGUACUAUCAGAUUCAAUUCUUGCCACAUUUGAAGACAGCGAUGACAAUGAAUUGACCGACUCCAAAGAGGGACUUAAUGAACAAACGGAUAAAUCCUUAUCUCAGGUUGCUGUAAUGAAGGAAGCCAUCAAGUCAAAGACCCUCAUGAUAAGAUUUGCCAUCCUCAUUUACAAUUGGAUCACCAAUGCUUUUGUCUACUACGGACUAUCGCUGAACUCCACAAGUCUCAGUGGGAACAAAUAUUUGAAUUAUGCCCUCGUCUGUCUCAUCGAAAUCCCCGGAUAUACUCUUGCUUGGAUUGCAAUGAAUAAAAUUGGUAGAAGAUGGUCCCUGGGACUCUCUCUUCUCCUCAGUGGAGUUACCUGUAUUAUUGGAGCAUUUAUCAACGCAGAUCUCGUUUGGGCUGUUGUUUCGCUAUUUUUAAUAGGAAAGCUAGGAAUUACAAUUUCCUUCUCAGUUCUCUACACCUACAGUGCUGAAAUGAUUCCAACGGUAAUUCGAAGCGCAGGUGUUGGUGCUUUGUCAACAAUGGCUAGAUUUGGUGCUAUGUUGGCUCCUUUCGUUCCUCUUCUUGGACUGUACGUAAAACCACUACCAUUAAUACUCUUCGGGAUACUCUCUUUCAUUGCCGGCAUUACGGCCUUCUUCUUCCCUGAGACGCUGAGGAAGAAAUUGCCAGAUACAGUGGAUGAAGCUGAGAAUUUAGGUAGGACAGAAGAAGAUAUUGAACUUACAUCGUCACCAUUCAAAGAGAGCUGAUCGUGGAAGAUAGAGUAGAGUUGAUAAAACAUAUCAAUUUAUAGUUAAUUUUGAGAAAUAUGACUCGACUCAAUGAGUUUGAAUUUAUUUACAAUUUUUUAUACUCUAAACUUUUUUGAUGUGUUUUUAAUUUGUAAUUUUUCUCUCUUUUGGUUGUGCUUUUGAAAUAUUCUAACUCAUUUUGAUAUAUAUAAAUUUUAACAAAUUUGAAGAGGUUGUUUGUUUGGAUUCAAAAAAGUCAAUAUUUGUUCAAAAUUAAUUACUUUGAGACCUCGUAGAAGCAAUAUUUUUCAAAACACAAACAAAAUGUAUUUAAAAUUGUAAAUAUUUUGUGAAAAGACACAAAUUGACAAACAUACGUACAUAUUUUAAGUCUCCCAGAUAGAUGGGAGUGACCAAAUAAGAACGAAUUUAUCACCGCAAGAAGUUAAUCUUUGACUAUGAAGAGAUAAUGUUUAAUUUGAUUGCCAUUUUGUAGAAUUAGAUGAUUUUUUUACAUUUUCUAUUUUAUAGAUUUUUGCUAAAAGAAGAAUAGACUUAAGUAUCUCCUGUUGAAAACUGCAAAUUCUAUAAAAACCAAGAUUUACUCAUGUAAUGUAAGAAAACUAAGAAAAAAAAUACCACAAGAGUGCAAUUUUUCAUGCCAUAAAACGUGUUAAUGUAAUUAAAAAAAUCAAUCAAAUUA